CACGCACAUAUGCACGCAUACACAUGCACAUACGCUCGCACACACACACACACACUCACACACAAAUACGCCCAAUAAAUUACAGUGGCAAGCAGCGUACACAUAGAAGUUUUAUAACAAAAAAGCAAAGCAAAUUAAUAUAGGAAUAUAUAUAAAUUUAUAAAUAUAUGAAAUCAGGGCAUAUUAAGGCGUUUUAGUACAAGCAAUCAAAAACAUUCCAAAAUAACAGAGUUACAACCUUGCUGCUGCUGCUCUGUUGCAGUGUAACCAAAGUGUAGAAAAUAAAACGAAAAAAAAAAAACAAAAAAAAAUAUAAAACGCCGAAACACAUUUAUCAAUUAUGAAUUUCUUGGGCUUUGGCCAAUCAGCCGAAAUCGAAAUUGUCUUCGAUGGCGCGGAGAGUAAGAAAACCGCCGAAGUCAAAGGCGAAGACGGCAAAGUGGAAAAGAUGCUCCUCUUCUACGAUGGCGAAACAGUCUCCGGCAAGGUAAAUGUGACGCUGAAAAAGCCGGGCAGCAAGCUGGAGCAUCAGGGCAUUAAGAUUGAGUUUAUUGGACAAAUUGAAUUGUUUUAUGAUCGGGGUAAUCACCAUGAGUUCAAGUGCCUAGCCAAGGCAUUAGCCCGUCCUGGCGAUCUGAUCCAGAACAACAGCUAUCCCUUCGAUUUUCCCAAUGUGGAGAAACAGUUCGAGGUUUACGCCGGCUCCAAUGUGCGUUUGCGCUACUUUCUGCGGGCGACAAUUGUGCGAAGGAUUAGCGAUAUCACGCGAGAGGUGGACAUCGCCGUGCACACGCUCUGUAGCUAUCCGGAAAUGAAUAAUCCCAUCAAAAUGGAGGUGGGCAUCGAGGAUUGCCUGCACAUUGAGUUCGAGUACAAUAAGAGCAAAUACCAUCUGAAGGAUACGAUCAUUGGGAAAAUCUAUUUUCUGCUCGUCCGCAUCAAGAUCAAGCACAUGGAGAUUGCGAUCAUCAAAAGAGAAACGACCGGGACUGGCCCCAACAUCUUCAACGAGAACGAAACGAUUGCCAAGUACGAGAUUAUGGACGGAGCGCCGGUCAAAGGCGAAAGCAUACCCAUACGAGUAUUCCUGGCUGGAUAUAAUCUUACGCCGACCAUGCGGGACAUUAAUAAGAAGUUCUCGGUCAAGUAUUUCCUCAAUCUGGUGCUGAUGGACACCGAGGAUCGGCGCUACUUCAAACAACAGGAGAUAACGCUGUGGCGCAAGGCUGACAUACCACGCUACCAUGUUGCCCAGCAGCAGCAUCAGCAGCAAUCGCAUCAUCAGCAUCAGCAUGUUCCACUGCAUGCGCCGCCACAUUUGGUCAGCGGUCCCGCUGCGCCCACCGUCGCGCACUCACUGAUCAGCAGCAGCACGGAUAGUGAGGGCGCGGCCAUUGGCAGCUCCGGCGCCCAAGCCGAAUCCAAAAUGGGCCUGUUUACGCGUGAGAGUCCCAACCAGGAGUUUAGCCAACAACAGCUCGACUCUCCACUGCCCAACUCGCCGAUGACGCCGGGCAACGAGAGCCACGUGAUUGGAGCAGCUGCUGCUGCUGAACGGGAGCGUGGCAUGGGAGAUGGCGCUGCGGCAGCCACAACAAGUGCCUCGCCAGUGGCCAUGCUAUCCAGCACGCCACCGCCGCUGCUCAGCGCUGGACCAGCAGCUGGAAGCUUAACUGAUGUUGGAAUAGGAACUGGAACAAUGGAGCCUGUAUUGCAUGCUGCAGGCGAUGGCAAUAUGGAUUUGGAUUUGAGCGAGGAGCAGCCGCUGCAGGAGGAGGACGUGCAAGAAGAGCAACAGCAGCAGCAGCGAUCACAGUUGGUGCCAGAUGAUGAACUAACGGACGUGGCGCUGCCAACGCCUCCAGCUUCAGCUGCAGCACCAGGCAAAAAGGUGAACGCAUCGCCUCUGAGUGCGGAUUGAGUGCCAGCCAGCAUAUGCUUAUGAUUUCCGCAACAACAACAACAUCAACUCAAUGGCUAGCGAUAGC